AUGGUGUCACUUAAAGGCAUAAGCCUCGCUUUAAACCAUCUAUCUGGCUUAAUUCCUUCAUCAUUGGGUGAUCUAACAUCUUUGAAAAUCCUUUAUUUGUUCUAUAAUAAACUCUCUGGUCGCAUUCCUAUCGAAGUUGGGAAUUUGAAGUCUCUCACUGAUCUUGAGUUGAGCCUAAAUCGACUAAGUGGUUCUAUUCCUUCAUCACUAGCAAACCUCAGCAACCUACAACAUUUUGUGUUCCUUGGUGCUAAUACUUUUUCAGGUUCAAUCCCACAAGGACUCGGAAGGUUAGAUAAAACAAAGGAAUAG